CUUGGGAGGUUUGUAAAAGAGAAUAUCGUGGUGAAUGGUAUUACUUCUAAGAUGAUGGAAUCUUGUGGAAAAGUUUACCAAUGUACUUACAGAAAUGCUGUCAAAAAAGCACAAGAAUUAUUAUAUCAACAGGUAGGUAGUGUAUAUGAAGUAUUUCAUAGCAAUGGGCUUAAUUAUGAGAUUUUCAUGACAAACAAUCCUGUCGAGCCACUAUGGGAGGCAUUUAUAGAAUGCGCUAAAAAACUUACAAAAAAUAAGAAGUUCUCAGUAAGUGGCAAAAUGAAGGAAAAAAUAUGCUCUAAUUUUGCGAAGUACCCUAGUAAGCUUGCGAAAUGUAUAGAAGAGUACAAUAUAUUCUUCCACAAGUUGGUCUACCAUAUGUGUUAUAAUGAGCAUGUAUCGAUUCCAGAAGAAAUUAGCCCAGUUUCAUCUAUACGAAAAAAAGAGAUAAUUGCCAAUCUACCUUCCCUACCUCAUAUAUCAAAAAUUAUAGAGCUUAAUAACUUUAGAUAUUUAUAG